AUGCGCGCGCGCGCGCGGGUGGCUCGCGUACGCCAGUGCCUGCCUCGAGGCUCACGCUGCGCGUCCCCCGCGUCCCCGGGCGCCGGGGCCGCUUCGGCGCGCGAGAGUUCAGACGUUCGACUCUCAGCAGUUUCGGCUGGGACGCGGCGCGAGCCUGGCCUCCAAGUACUGCCCUCCGGCGUUCCCGCUCCACUCGCUACUCAACGCCCGGCGCGGCUGCGAGCGAGCGGCCCCACUCUGCGCGCGUUAUGUCCGUCAUGGGCUCCAUACGCGCUUGUGGGCGCGGGCGUCGCGGGGGUGGGAGCCUGCUACUCCCAUGUGGGGAUCGGGAUGCGGGUACGGUGGCAGGAGGUGAGCGUCUCGUAUGUCGACUGGCACCUCGCUGAAAGCCCGUACACGUCUUACGACCCGUGCAGCUGGACGCUAUCACGGCUGCCGUGGCCGCGGCUCCUUCAUCGACUGCACACCUUCACAGGCACCCAAUACCGCUCACGGGCUAGAACCCUGCGCGUCCAGACGCGCACCCUGCCCUCGCGCCCGGGCGCGCCGCCACGGUUCAAGCAGACUCGCCUCCGCGCGGGGCGUGCGACCGUGGUCGCGAUCGUAGCUCGCUACGGCCAGGAUCCUCCCACCGCCUCAGCCCCAAGGAAAGCGCGGCGCGUCCGCUAUCGCGCACCGACCCCGAGUCUAUUUCCGCGCCUCGCGGAGGGCCCCAGGCCUGUCCUGGGCGUCCUCCCCACCCGCGCCCCGCCCCCGCCAGGGUUGCCAGACGAGAACGCGGGACGGAAAGCCGCACCGACAAACUGGUCUCGGGGCUGGGGCGUCCGUCCCGACGUGACGAUCGCGAAGCAGAGGGAAGCAUCCAGCGACUCCACCGCACUGCAUGUCCGCGCACGCCCGUAUGCGGGCGCGGGCGCAGCAAGGUCGACCCGGACGCUGGCCGAGCACCCGCACGUACGCCUCGGACGCGCGCGGGCCCGACGCGUCGACGUGUCGAGGCGGGCGGAGCCUGCGGGUCGUGUCCCCGACGCGGCCAAUGCUGAACACCGCCUUGAGAUCUACCACUCGAGACAAGCCAUCCAUGCCACAUACCAUCCUAACUCCCGCGCCUCCCGCGUUGGACUCGAACUCGCGCCCGCCGCGAAUCCCGCCGCAGCUGUGGGCUCGACUGAGACGGCAGCGCAGAUGCGCACGGAUCCCCGAGUCCGACGCGCGGGAAGGCGCCGCUCCACAAGUUCGGCGACGAGGGCGACAGCCUCAAAGACGGCGUGGCCGCGGUCGACGAAGAACUCGGAACAGCAUGCCCAUGCCAGUACGGCGCGCGCCCGACGCCCGCGGCGUCCCCUCACCGACUCGGUGUACACGGGCUGCGACGACGCGAUGUCGACCCUCCCGCUGUCAUACCUCUUCUGGCUCCCCGUGUCAGAACUACAGCAGUUCCCGCCCCCGUUCCAGGCGCCGAUGAUUGAAGACCUCACGCGGCUUUCGCUCUCCCUUCCGGUGAUCCCCAUGCCCGCCGUACCGCCAUCGACGUUCCGGAGGCCGAGCCGAGGGUCGGGCGUGCUCAGCGCACUGCUCGUCGUGGACCCUGAUCGGCACUCGAUGAUGACGAUGACGACCACGACCACGACCCUGUCUGUGUCGCUCGCAUCUCCCGCGUCACCCGCAUCGCCCGUGUCGGCGGACGCUUGCCGUAGGAGCUCAUAG